CUGCGGCGAAGGCGAGGAUGGCGGCGGAGGCGAGGUCAGUGGUGGCGACGGAGGCGACGGCGGCAGUGUUGGCGGCAGUGCCGUCGGCCGUUGCGGUGGCGGCGGCGGAGUUGGCAGCGGUGGCAGCGGCGGCGGGUUCGUCGCUGGCACGCCGGCGAGGGGGGCGGUGCUCUGCGGCUUGCGAGGAGGCGUGAUCGCUGCGGGCACGGCCCCGCCGUCGGCGAGAGGAGUCAGCCCCACUGACUCCGCUUCCAUCUCUGCCGCUGUCGGGCCCGGCGGAGGCUCGACCGCGUCGUGCGACGGCUUUGAGCCUACAGCCGCCUCUUGUAGGCCGGCCUCGCCCCGCGAUUCGGAGACUCUGUCGGAGGUCCGUCCGUCGCCGAUGCGUUCAUCGCCGCCGCCGCCGCCGCCGCCGCCGCCGCCGCCGCCGCCGCCGCCGCCGUCUGCUUGCUGGUGCCGUGGCGGCAGCGCCCCCCCCUCGCGCCCGUCUCGCCGCCUCUUUGCGCCCGGCUGCGAGGGCACCGAGGUGUCGAUGCGCGCGGCGGGCGGCGGCGCGGGGGCGGGCUAUGAGGCGGACGGGGAGUACGCCGCCGCCCGCAGCCGUCGCCAGUCGCGAUCUUUCAUCACUCCCGACGCGCCCGCGGCGCGGCUGCGGCUGCUGCUGCUGUACGACGCCCUCGUGCUGCUCUGCGUGUGCGGGGCGGCCUCCGCGUGCUUGGUCGUGAUCUUUGCGACGCCAGCCGGCGACUCUGCGAGUGACAGCCGCGGCUGGCGCGCAGAGCUCACCCUCUUCCUCGCCCGGCAACUGCUCGGCCUGCUCGCCCUCCCGUGGGCUACGCUCUGCUAGACACUUCCUAGACACUUCCUAGACACUUCCUAGGCCUGCUCGCCCUCCCGUGGGCGGUGCUCUGCUAGACACUUCCUAGACACUUCCUAGACACUUCCUAGGCCUGCUCGCCCUCCCGUGGGCGGUGCUCUGCUUGCCGCCCGCGCGCGAGCUGCUCACCGCGCGCUCGCCCACCGGGUACGACCGACGAGGCGCCUGCAGGCUGCUCGACCUCGACGGUCUCUCCGCCUUCGUCGGCCGGCUCCGGCCGAUCCUCCGCUCGCGCCGCGUCCGCUCCGAGCUGUCCGCCUCCGACCUGGCGAGGCUCGACGGUGCCCUGCUCACUGCCGAGGGCUACUUGCGAAAUAACCCGCGCGCGGCCAAGGAGGAGACGGACAGGCGGAGAGACGCUGCCGACGCCCUCAUCACUUCUGUCAUCCGGCCGGGCCACCCGCUCCACCCGGCCCUCCUCCCCGACCGCGCGCUGCUGCACCGCCACCAGGCGCGCGCCCUCGCGGCGGGGGAGCGGCCGGCGACGCGCGCCGCGC